GCGUUACAGACGUCAAGGCGGGAAGUCACCAACGCGUGCAUCACUGUCGCCAGGUGCUAUGCAGUCCCUGUCUCUGCCCAGUUUACCAUCCUGAGUCACGGAUGCAGAGGCAGAACACUGGACAGUACAGCAAAGCCCUGUGACUUCUGACUGCUGGGUUGCAGUGCUCUUGAAUGCAGUUUUAAGCAGUGCACAACAUGACCUGUUUUCUCAGCCAGAAGACCAUGGCUUCAUGGUAUACUGUAAUUGGUUUGGACUGUAUAUAGAUGCCAUGGUGACAAAGAAAGGGGUUUUAAAUGUGAGUCAUGUAUUGCUGUCAAGGGACAGGAGUUAGGUAUUAGAGUGUUGCUUUAUAGUGGUGUCAUGGCAACACAGUGCAUUGACACAUUGCCUGGUUGGCUGUGAUAGUAUGUAUGCAUCCUCUGUCAUUUUGCUGCAAGUUCAGUCUCAACUUGAUGAAGAAUAUUUCAGUUAACAAUGCCAGCACUGAAGUGAUGCACAGCCCCAGGGUUGCAAGAUUGCAGUGGAGCUUGAUUUUUAUUCCACCUUAUGUGAAGUAUAGGGGUGAUCGACGUGUCUCUUACGCAAGCUCCUAAUGCCAGAAAUCAAAAGGGCAUUAUGCAGAGAUUCUGCCGCCUUUUCCCUCCAAAAUGGAUUUUCUGUAUUGAGGCAAAAAACAGGAAAAAUUGUGGGAAACCAUGGGAGGGUCAUGAGUAGCUGACUUCAUCUGGAUACCCCAUAAAUUAAAAGCCUCUUUUGGAAACACCAUGUGUUGCUUUGAGUCUCCUUCUUUCCUUCCGUAUUUAUUUAUUUAUUACAUUUUUAUACUGCCCUAUAGCCCAUUUGGCCUCUCUGGGGGGUUUACAAUUUAAAAACAUAAAUAACAAAACAACAAUCAAAGCGAAUAAACAAAAACAACAAUACCAGUACUGUAUAGGAAAAGUUGGCAACCUACAACACUUAAGAUAGAAUUAGUGCACAGCAUAGCAGUUAAGAUAAUAAAAACAUAUCUAUCAACAUAUUUGGAAAAGAAAUAUUUUCAAGAAAUAUUUCUUGGAAAAGAAAAAAAUCUUGUCUGCAUCACUAUCUGAGCCAAUGUUCACCAGAGCCUCAAAAUCUGCUUCUGGUGCUGGAUGUCAGCCUUGAGGUAUGUGCCAUAAUAAUGGGUUUAAGAUGUGCAAUUUGUUUUCACACUAACUAACCACUCCCUUUAUGGGUCUGGGACUAGCAAGAUAAAAGUGUAAUUUUCAGGCAAGAGUUGGGGCCUGGGGCCUCUUACAUAGGAAGAAGUGGAAGAUACAGUUGUCCAUUUUACUAGAUUAGCACAUAACGUAAAUAUCACAGCCAUGUGGGACUUUCGCAAUUGACACAGAUCAGACACAGAAAUCUUUUGACUUUUAUCAGCCACCUUUUCCCAUUACUUGUUCACUCAAGCUAAAUUUAAAGUCAGCAAUUUUGACUGGAAUGAUUAGCUCAUUCCAAGCCUCAUUAUUAUCAUCAUCAUCAUCAUCAUCAUCAUCAUCAUCAUCAUCAUCAUCAUAACAUUUCUGUAUGAGUACAGUUGAGUAUUUCUCUUGCAAAGACCUGAGGGAGAAAUAAGGCUUACUGGUUUGCCCAGGCCAUGAUAUUACUGCAAUGCAAGGGAGGGUGUUGGGGAGAAAUAUAGUGUUGUCAGAAUCUGGGGCGACUGAAAGCUGGAGACAGUUACUAGGCAACAGCCAUACCAUGGGACAUAAGCAAGCAAAGAACUCGUAGUUCCCUCAGCAGCUCAGGCUCUGUGUGUGUGUGUGUGUGUGUGUGUGUGUAAGAGAGGGAGAGAGGAAGGGAGGAAGGAAGUGAAAGUGUGGUGAAUGUGUAGCUUCAUGUCAUGAAUGGCAUACAGGUGAGAAAGUGGCUGUAUUUUCAGAGAAUAGGGGACCAUUUGCUCACACAGGUUUUUAAUCUCCUGCAAACAGUCCCACUAAGCAUUGUUGAGGCAAAGAUUAAAAGGUUCUAAGUCUGCCAUUCAGCUAUGAAAUUCAGUAGGUGGCCUCGGGCAAGCAAGUCACACCAUCUUGCUACUUGUGAAGACAGAAUGAGAAAACACUGUCUAAGUCACCCUGAGCUUGCUAGAUGAAAGGCCACUGGUACAGCUCAGGCACUGGGCUUAAUGGUUUUACAGGGAAGCCCUUUUUUACAUGGUAAUGUCAUAUGUCUUCUGUGGGAUGGACAGAGUGCUGAGUCUCUGUGUUCUUCCUGCCCUUGAUUGGAUGCCUGCAAUCCUCUGAGCUCGGGGAUAUGGGCAGUCACCAUGGCUGCUGCUUUAAAGAAGUCAUACCAGCCCCAUAGAAGUAGGUUCCAUAUUCACAAGUGCUGGAUUCAGAGGUCUUCCUGUAGACUCUGUUCCAAAGUCUGCAGAAUGUAAGGGAUAACAGAAGUAAGGGGUCCAUCUUGGAAUGUAUCUGAUGAAGAGGGUUUCUCUGUGGAGGAAGAUAUUUGGGGGGCUGGAAUGCAGGUCCCAAGUUUAGAUGCCUUGUCUCAAAAUAUUCAUAUGUGAGAAGUUUAUAAAACACAUGGCCAUUGUGAUAUUUCAACACAUUUGUCUUCCCUUCAUGCUCACAGUAUACAUUCAUGGUAAAGGGAGGGAAUACAUGUGCGGGCAUAAUAAGGUGGUGAGAUCUCACAAAAGUUUUUUAUGUGAUAAUAUAAUUGGAAGAUAUUUGUGACACUGACCCUACCUACCGCAAUUGAUUUGGAGUUUGUUCUCUUCGUAUUAACUUUGGCACCACCUGCUCUUCCCUUAUCAACAAUGAUAAAUACAUCUGCAGCCUCUGUUUCUGACUCAUAUUUGUCCCUGCUAAUGAGGGUGAUCUGUUUAUAAGUAGAGAGGUUAGUUGUUACUGUUGUUGGUGAACCAUAUAUUUUGCCUGAAAAACUUGAACUUUCGUCUUUUUCUUUUGGAUUCCAAUGCUGUAAAUACCAUUCUCAUGGCUACAUGAGAUCUUUCUACCAGUGCUCGUGGAGAUCAAGGUGUGGAGAUAUUUUCCUGCUCACACGUGGAACUUUGCCAUCACAUUGUACCUUGCAGAAAUCCAUAAGGAUGAUACACCUCAAAAGUAAUGGAUUUCCUGGGACUCCAAUCACUCAGUCCUGUAUCAUCUGCCCAGAAUAAGCUGAACUCCAGAAUUCUUCAAGGUUUCAGUAGCAGCAACAGGUCCCUGGGGAAAGGAUUUCACCCUCUGAAAGGUGUACCACAUGCAGAUGGCAAGAGAGUCAUGUCCUUCCAAAAUCACAGCUUGAAGCAGCAAGUUGUAGAAGAAAAGCCAAACGGAACAAGCAUCUCCAAACUGGCUGCUCUCUUUGAUCAUCCUCUCUAUAAGAUUCCAGUUCCAAAGAUUGCAAAGAAAGACAAACUGUUUGGCACCAAGCCAAAGAUAAGGCUCUUCAUCAGAAGUAGUCAAAGUGAUGAAAGGAGCAACAGUGAUAAGACAAAGUACGAUACCAACCCUUCUUGGCUCCAGUUUUAUGCCAAGAUCAACCGCCAUGAACUCUAUGCCCGCCAUGAUCCCUCUGUCCAUGCCUUGAUGGAGGAUUUGGCCACACAGAAAAUUGUCAGCUCAGUCCAAAAGCCUGGAGGGACCCAACUGAAGCUGGUGAUGACCUAUCCCAAUCAUGGGCAAGCUCUCUUCAAACCCAUGAAGCAAACCCGAGACCAGGAGACUCCAGAAGACUUCUUUUAUUUCUCAGACUUCGAACGACACAAUGCAGAAAUAGCAGCCUUUCACCUGGACAGGAUCCUGGAUUUUCGGAGGAUUCCCCCAGUUUCUGGCCGUUUGGUGAAUAUAAUCAAGGAAAUCCGGGACAUUACAACUGACAGGAAGCUGUUUAAAACUUUCUACAUCUCCCCAGCUGGCAAUGUCUGCUUCUAUGGUGAAUGCUCCUACUACUGCUCCCCUGAACAUGCUUUGUGUGGUAAACCCGACCGGCUGGAGGGCUCCAUGGCAGCCUUCCUGCCUGACCACGAACUGGCUGGACGGCGCUCAUGGAGAAAUCCCUGGAGGCGUUCUUACUCCAAAACCAAGAAAGCUGUGUGGGAGCAGAAUGAAGCUUAUUGUGCUGAGGUACGAGAGACACCACCCUACAACAGUAUUUCCCGCCUGCUCAACCUCAUUGACAUGACAGUGCUUGACUUCCUCAUGGGAAACAUGGACCGUCACCACUAUGAGACAUUUGAAAAGUUUGGCAAUAAGACUUUUCUGCUGCAUCUGGACAAUGGCCGAGGGUUUGGGAGACAUUCCCAUGAUGAAAUGUCCAUUCUCGUUCCUCUCCGGCAGUGUUGCAUCAUUAAAAAGUCAACGUACUUGCGACUACAACUGCUUGCUAAGGAGCCUUAUCGCCUGAGUGAUGUUAUGCGCGAGUCAUUAGCCACUGAUCACCUGUCACCAAUCUUAUCGGAGCCUCAUUUGAAGGCACUAGAUCGGAGGCUUCAGAAGGUUUUGGCUAUGGUGAACCACUGCAUGGAGAAAGAAGGAAAUGAAGAAGUACUGAAAAAUGAUCUAAAAGGACAGCACUUUAUGAUCUCAGAGAAGGAAAGUGAUUCAGCAUGAAGGAGCCACACACAGUAAGCCUGUAAUCUGCACCCCUUAUUGUGGCCUCUGCACUCAAGACUUGUCAUACUGUUGUGCUGUAUGAACAUAAAUGGGUUGGGGAGAAACCCCAUAACAGGCAAGCUUAUAAUCUGUGGGAUUAUAAAGAGGGCCACAGAACCUAUACAGAAUCCAUCAUAAAGUGUGCACUCCUUAGAAUAAUUGCAUUAUAAAGUACUAAUAUAGUACUAAUUAACUGAGUGUAGAAGCGAUAACAAUUACUGACCUUUUCUGGAUUUUUUUUUUAAUCUUGAUAUCAUAUGUAAUAUUUGUUAAGAUCUGGGAGUUACAUUCCACCACAUAUAGAGGACACCAGGAUGAGGAAAGCUGGACUGCAAUGGCUUCGGCAAGGGGCGGCAUAGAAAUGUUUUAAUAAACAAACAAACAAACAAAAAAGGAGCAUGUCUCCCGCUCCUUUGCUUCCGAGAGCAGUGUACUCGAUCAAGGCACUCUCGCAUACCUCUCUUGCUUUUGAUCUGCGCAGCACGCAUAGUUCCUUGGGUUUAUAGGAAACUGAGAGGUCUGUUCAUCAUGGGAAAGUGCCUUCUACUGGGCUGGUGGGCGUGUCCUGGUGGGCCAUUGUAGGCUGGUCUCAGGAAGAGGUCUUUCAUCAUACCCCUGAUCCUUUGAACAGGAGCUGCCAAAAUGUGAACCUGGGACCUUUGGCAUACAAAGUGUACAUUCAGCCAAAGAGUUGUAUAGUCUUUUGCAGUCAAUUCAAACAGUUGCUCGGCAUUUUGUUUCCAACAGUGCCCAACUAGAUGGAAAUAAGAUGCACUCUGCAGGUAGAAUGUGGGGUGGCAUGCAAGCCAAGUCGCCCCAGCAUCUCCCCAGCAGCCGAGCAUCGGAUUAACAGAACACACAGGGGCCAUGCGCAUGCUUGGAAAGGAGUAGUGGUGCCAGGCGAUGAUGUCAUGAGCCACAGCUCAUUAAAUUCGUCCGAGCUUUCACGUGGCUGGACAGUGCACUGCCAAGGAUAUUGCUUGGACUGGCUGUGAGUUGUUUUUUCCAAACUAAAACCUCAGUUUUCAGGUUUUAUUGCAGUGUUGGCACCUUGCGAUAAAUAAGUGGGUUUUGGCUUGUAAUUUGGGCACUCUGUCUCUAAAAGGUUCUCCAUCACUGCCCUAUCCACUUUCUCCACACCAUGCAUAAUUGUGUAGUCUUCUGUUAUAUGCCUUUCCUCACCUAAACUAAGCAGUUCCAGCCAUUGUAACCUUUCCUCAUAGGGGAAUUUGGUUGCCCUUUUCUGCCCUUUUCUAACUUUAUUCCUUUUUAACGGCAGUUACCAAAACUGCACAAAUUAUUCCACCUGUGGUUGCACGAUCAAUUUGUAUAAGGGCAGUAUAAUAUUGGCAGGGUUUUUUGCAAUUCCCUCUCUAGUUAUGUCUGAAAUGGAAUCUGUGUGUGUGUGGGGGGGGGGGGUUGACACUGUGUCAACAUUUCAUUAAACUGUGAAUGUGCAUAUGUGUGCGCGCAUGCACACAUACACUAACCAUACUCAAGCAUAGCUUCCUAGGUUGCUUGCUGUUAUUACAUGUGAUAUCAAACAUAUGCCUGCCCAUUGAUAAAAUGAAUAUACUUUCUUUGUAGAAAUUUUGUAAUAUACAAAGCUGCUCCCUUAUGGAGAUACAUUUUGGGAUAUCUGUUUUGGGACCAAUCAGUGCCUAUCUGGGAAACCCCUUGGGAAUCCCAUGUACACCUCCCUUAGUUCUAUGGAAGAAAAAUGGAAUAUAAGCAGAAUCCACAAAUGAUGAUUGGUUAGAAUUGGUUCAAUGACUGGUAAGGAUAGGUUGUCCUUAGAGAAGAACUUAGCCAAGACCAUAUUGUCUGCUGCAUAUGUCAGAGUGUUGGUGUUAUGAUUUUUAAGUUCUGAUGCCUGCCAGUUUCUCUUCUGUCUCUCUCAUUAUUUUCUCCAAAUAAAGUCUGAAGCUCCCUAAUGAGAUAAAGCACCCUUGGCAACAAUCUGAUUAACAACGAA